AUGAGUCUAGCUAAAUGUGCCACCAUUCCUGAGAAGAGUAUUAAAGCUAUUAAUGAAGAUCGAGUCAAGAUGGUCAAACAGAACAAGACUGUUAAGUUUCUUCAAGCAGUUGCUGAAGUUAAUACAUUGUCACCACCACCUGCAUCUAUGCUGAAUGCGUUGCAAGAUUUGCUUAACAAAAAGGGAAAGAAAGGCAAGAAAAGGAAGGGUGAAGAAAUUGCUACUGGUACAAAGGACGAUGCAAAAAAAGCUAAGGUUGAAAAAUCAAAUCCAUCAAUAUUGGCACAGACAAAAGUUUCAACAAACAAGUCUAAAAAGUUAACAACUUCUAGUCAAGAAGGUACAUUAAAUAGUCCACCAUCUGGAGACAAGAAUGAGACAUUGAUUGCUUCAUUUGAAAGGUCACAAAGUGAAACAGAUGGCGAUUCUAGAGUUUAUUCAUCUGAUAUGGCUAAACAGUACAUCAAGUAUGGCUUUAUUGGACUUGGUGCUAUGGGAUAUGAAAUGGUAUGUAACCUUUUGAAAGGUGGAUGCAAUGUGACAGUGUGGAACAGAACAGUUGCUAAGGUUGAUGAACUUGUUGGUAAGGGCGCUCGAAAGGGUGACUCAGCAGCUGCUGUUGCCAAACAGUGUGAUGUGACAUUUGCUUGUCUUUCUAGUCCUGAAAUUUGCAAAGAAGUUGUCAUUGGACCAAAUGGCAUAAUCAAUGGCAUCUCAUCAGGGAAAGGAUAUGUUGAAAUGUCAACAGUUGAUCCUGAAACUUCAAAGGAGCUAGAAAAGCAUUGGGAUGCAUUUGUAUUGUUGCGGUCACAUCAGGAUUUAGGGCCAAAUAUGUUUGUCAUCUACCUCUAUGUCUCACAUCUCAUUUCUUGUGUCAAACAUUCUUUGAGCAUAAUUGCUUACACUUGUUACACCACACCCUCUCGAGUCGAAACUUCACAGGUUUUUGCUCCAUCUCCAUUAUCAACAUUGUCAAUCGAACGGCUCAAAAAGGCCCAGUGCAUGAUACGGUUGCAGGGUUCGAAAAAUCCGGUCGCCGAGUCGCCAUAUGGCGACAACUUCUAG